CCCUGUGAAAUGAUUCUUUCUGGCAAGUUGUCACUUUGGAGAUAACUACCGGUAUGAAAGAAGGCCAUUUCCAAUGUGUUUGAAAUCGCCGAGAGAAGUUACUGAUUUCAUUUGGCAUAGCACGUGCAGGCAUUGACAUGACACAUGCACAUACUGUAUGUGCAUUGUUAUUACAUGUACAAUUGGUUGGUUCAGUGCCCAGCACAGCAUAGAUGCAUGUAGCUGAAUAAGGACGUGUAAUUGAUGCCGAUUUCAGGUGCAAUUCAAACAUGAUUUGACAACUUUCGAUUUGAAAUCGAGAUCCUACAAUAUUGGCAAAAUGCUCUAUCUAUACAUGGCCUUGCUGUGCCUUGUCCAUGGCAUGGGUGAACAUUGUGAACGGUACAAUAAAUUAGCUCAACAGUUCAACAACAUUGGAAUUCUGGUUUUUACACAUGAUCACAUUGGCCACGGCAAGAGUGAAGGGUCGAGGGUUGAUAUCAAACAUUUCCAGUUCUUUGUCCGUGAUUGUCACCAGCACAUCGACUUGAUGAAGUCCAAAUAUGAGGACCUUCCCGUCUUCCUGUUUGGACAUUCCAUGGGAGGGACCAUAGCAAUACUGGUGGCAUAUGAGAGGCCGUCACUCUUUACCAACACCGGAGUCUUGCUGAGUGCUCCAGCCAUCAAGGCUAGCCCAGAAAUAGCCACUCCCACGAAGCUUUUCCUAGGCAAGAUUCUGGCCAGUAUUUGGCCCCAUGCUCCCAUGGGUCAGCUGGAAUCCUCCUCAAUGAGUAGGGACCCUGAAGUGGUCAAAGAUUACGAGACUGACCCCUUGAUCUUCCACGGUAAGAUCAAGGCCCGCUUUGCUGUCCAGACGCUGCAGGCGAUGGAGAGGCUUGGGAACGGGCUGCCUGACAUCCGAUGGCCAUUUCUCAUCCAGCAUGGCGACCAGGACAAGCUGGCAGAAAUCUCUGGCUCCAGGCUCAUGUACGAGACGGCGCCCAGUGAAGACAAGACAUUGACAGUGUACGAGGGCUUCUACCAUGAGCUGGACAAAGAACCUGGCGGGGAUGGAGAGAAAACGAUCCAAGAACUCUUGGACUGGGUCUUGCAAAGACUGCCCAGCCAGUGAAGAAGUUCCCUUCUUAUCCACUAUUCAGAUCUUUCCUUGGAACCUUAAUGCACACAAUACACACCUCAACUUGAAACCAUUACUUGCCAGAUCUCAAAGGCUCUCGCAUGAGAGCCUUUGCCCUAUUUUGUCCAUGUGACGCGACCUUUACCUGUUCAAACAUUUUAACAAUACAAAAUUGUUUCAGACCGUUUGCAAACCAAAUUUUAAGAGAUGGUCUUGUAUUUAGUUUGUCUAUCCUGCACGUUUAUUUCAUUCAGAAACAGCAUCAUCUCUCACAGUAUUAACUGCACUGAGCACAAAAAGUACCUCAGUACUUGUGUAUGUCUCACAAGCAAUCUAAACAUUGAAGGCACUCUGUAUUGCACCAAAAAAUUGGAGAUCUUACAUCAGUAUUUUUGCGAGAUACAAGUCGCAGCCUACAUGCAGUGUAAAUAUAUUUUUUCUCCAGAGAGUUAAUGCCCACUGCAGAUACCAGUAAAGUUGUAAUUACACGUAAUGUAUUUUGAAUUUAAAAAAUUAACUAGAAGAGUUAUUUUUGGGCUUUAAUAUUCUGAAACCAGCAGCAACAUGAAAUACCGACAGUUACUCAAGAUUUACUUUUCUCGAUAUCUCUAAUUUUCAUAUGCAUUUUAUUUUACCCUUUAAAAGGUCUUUACCAUUUCUUUGUAGUUACACAUAAUGUAUUUUGUACUAAAAACACCUAGCUAGCACAUACACUUGAAGUAAAACUGAAGUAUUUCUGAUCUGCAAUAUCCUGAAACUGACACAACAAGAAAUAUUAACAGUUACUCUUUACAGUUGAAAUCUCCAAUUUUCAAAUGGCCCUAUUUUACUUUAUAAAGGGCCCUUACCAUUUUUUAAAAAAAUCAACAAAGUUUUAACAGAAAUACAAAUUUCUUUUAUCAUCUAGCAAAGUAUAUAUAUAUAUAUUUCCUUCAGAAUAGUAUCUUUAUAUUUUUUUCACAGUCAUGAAUCCACUCAGGUGCCUCAUAACAUAUACUGAAGAAAGAUAAGUUGAGGAGGGGCCCUACCGGCGUAGCAUGACCAACAGAGUAUAUGUAUUUAUCUAGCUUGUCUAUACCUCCUGUGGACUGCAUCAGGUGUAUUGAGUUGAUAUUAAUGAAAUAUAGAAAAUGGCACGAUUAUACUAUACAGGCGUGCAACUUUUCCUCGGAUCACCUGAUUUCCUCAUUUUUCACUUCACGCUCGUGCCAUUGAAAAUUGAAAACCACCAUACAAAGUCUUGUAAAGAUUGGAAUUUCCUCGUUUUUGUCAAAGUCCGUGUUGCAUGCCUGACUAUACAAUUAGACAGCACUGUUGACAUAAGUGAUGGAUGUAAGUAUGAGAAUGAUUUGAAGUAAGCAACUUACUGGUCAAAUUUGAUGACCAUGAUAGAACAAGGUGUGUGACUGUCUGAAAUGGUAUUGAGUGAGUGCUCGGUUCAAAACCACACCUGUGGGCUGAUUAGGAAGAGAUGAAAGCGUAGUUAGAAAAACAGUGGGAAUAAACAUCUAUUCGACACUUGUAUACAGUUUUGGGUUACUUGUGUGUUAAAUUUUUUCAGUGUAUUUUGGCGUAGAAAUCUCAUUCUUCACCUAGAUGCUAAAUAUUUGUGCGAUUAUCUCACAUUGUUGUAGAAGUACCAUCUAGCAUAAAGAGAACUGGUCAAUGACAAUCGGUACUCAAAUUGUUGGACAAUAUUUUCCUAAUGGUUCAAGAAAUGUGCCAAAUCACAGCAAAAUUUUCUUAGAACCAUUGUUUUCCAAGUUUCUGUGUGGACAUAGACACAAAGAACAUUCACAAGAUUGUAUCUGGACAUGAGUGGACAGGUUUUUGGGAUGUUUGAUGUGGACAUUAAUGCCAAGUUACAGAAAUCCAAUUUUAACAAGGUCACGUCUUCCAAUUUCAGAGCUUGGAUGUACAGUACUGUUCGGGUGCCAGUUGAAAUGUAGAUUGUUGAAAUCUAUUAGAAAUGGUUUUGGGGUGUUAUAUUUGAGGUAACUGUAUAAAUCAGCUUUGUUUGAAAGAACUAUAUCAAAUGACAUGUGAAUGAUGUGAUGUUAGUACUUGCUGUCUGUGCUGAUAUCAGAUAGGAUUUGGCGACUUUAUUGCUUGAUAAUUUUUCUUCUGACAAACACUCUUUAAUACUUUGGAUCAAUAUAUAUUUUUGAAGGAGUUUUGAGAAUCCAGAAGUAGUUCUUUAGGAUUUUGUGCACUUAAGUUUAUACCUGUGAACACGACUUAGUAUGUCUUAUAAUAACUUCCACCAGUGCCUUUGUAAAUUGUAUUUUUUGAACAUCUGCACAACUUAAUACAUAAAAACCAAAUGGAGCAAUUCACAGUACCAUGGGCCACAAAAUGUCUCUUCCUCUGGAGGUCUUUUACUGGCUCAUUGGUCCACAUUAAGAACUUGACAAGCUAUGAUUUAUGGGUCACUACAAGUCAAGGAACAAGAUACAUUUGAAUAUUUAAGGCAUCCCGUGCAGUGACAAGUAUUGGGGAUACAUGUUUUUCAAGAUUUGAUUGAGAGACUCCUGGCAAAACGUGAUGUUUUAUUAGAGUCGCUUGUUAAUGCUUUAUGAAAAAGAGUCAACUUUCACUUGUUUGAACCAUCUAGUGACAGUUUGGGAUUAUUACAAGUCACUUCCAAUAUUUUUUUCAUGAAGUCUGAUCCUGUGGAGAUAUAAAAAUUCACGUUUUGUUGUUAACUUAGUCGCUUUGAGUCAAGCAAGGACAAAUCCCAAACCAAAAUUUCAGGGAAGAGACAAUUUUUUUUGGGGGGGGGCAAAAAGUUAAUUUCCUUAAAUGGCUCCUUUGAGGGGUGUGGUUAACUUUGGUGGCUUGUGGUUGUAGGAAAACAGCUUUAGAGGCAUUUUAGAGGUAGGAUUAUCUCAAGCCAAAAGUAGGGAAAUAGUUAGGACACCAAAAAAUCGAACUUACAAUAGUGUUCAUAGUUCACAAAGUGUAAUUUCACCAAGGUAUCUCGACACAAGAAGAAACAAACCUGUGUACUUGCAAGUGCCCUUGAAAUUCAUAAAUUUCCAGAUUUUUAGCCACUCAGCUCGCAGCAUGUUUUUUCCUUUAUGACUUUCACAGACAGGGUCUUGAAUGCUUUCUUUUGACAUUCAUACUCUCGCUUUUCUCAGAUUUUGCCUCCUGUAGUGACCUUUGUAUCUUGUCAUAUUUGUAUAUGGUCUUUUUCAGUCUUACGUUUAGAAGGAAGUGUUUCAAGUUCAAAGUUUAAAUCGUGGUCUCAGUCAGAUUGUACCUCACAUCCUUUCAAAUAUUUGCAAACUCGACUGGAAGCUUCCACGAUAUGAACUGAAUGUUGCUUAUCAGUUUUCAGUUUUCAAAGGGGCCAUCUUUUGAAGUCCAUCUGCAUUGCAUGGAGCAUUUUACACUUUGUUCCCACAACCUCAUUCCUUUUUAGGUAAUGACGUUAGUCUGCUUACAGUCUACAGAGUCUUGCACAGCUGUACUACAACUGUUUUAAUCUGGAAUAAAAUUGAAAGUGGUAGACCUUACGUGUCUUGAAGCAAACAUUCUUACAGGGUUGAGACAUUUUGUAUGAGAAAUCUGCACAGAACGGCUCUCACAGCACGUAACUUUUCUGUCAUUUUUAUUUCAAUGUGUAGGGAUAUUGCAUUGUGUACAGAUGCUUGUUACACUCGGUGAACGAGUAUGUGAUUUAAUUAUUGACAAAUCAUACAAAAGCCAUUACUAUAUGGUGACACUGUGCAUGUUAAUGUGGGGCGUACGUACACUUCCAUUCAAACGCCCAAUCAGUCAAGGUGAUUAAACAAAUACUCAGUCUGGAGAAUUACCAUAUUUGGACAGCCUGUCGCAUCUCAAAUUUCGCACAAUCUGACCAAUCACAAGGCUUGUUCUAGCAGCCUGCGACGAAUUGUGCUCGUGUUGUCAUGUUACGGGAUGCUUUUCUGAAAUGUUGCAGCAUAUGGAACAAAAAACACUUUAAAACAAAAAAAUUUCAAUUGCAAAAAUUUAAUUGGCUGUGCAAAAAAUCCGCCCACAGACACAAACUAGAAGUUCUAAAACACGUUUGCAUUGAAGGAAUUUAAAAUUUGUCAUUGCCAACUUGAGAAAUUUAAAGUUGAAUUUGGACAAAAAUUGCUGCAUCAGCAAAGAAAGGUCACUCUGCCCAUAUGUGGUAAUACUCGAGACUGAUAUUAACCCUCCAUGUAUAAGUCAGUACCACCACCGUCAGGAUGUCAUAUUCUGGUUACCAAUUACAACUAGUCUCUACUUUAUGGUUGCAGCAUUACAAACUUUAACUGUUACCUUCAGUGUCUCUCUGUAUCAAUGGUAAAUAAUGUCGUGCUAAAAGAAUAACACAUUGCAUCAGCCUGUAAAACUCAAUGUUUCUGCAUAAAUAAUUUGAUUCACAUAAGUAAUAGUACUUAAGCAGAAGACCACAGUGGAUUUACACACUCAAUUCUCAAUAAAUCUGAAAAACACACCAGUAUCACAAAGGAAAACGCUA